AUGAAGAAAUGCUCGAUGUUUUCCUUGCCCGUUUCUAUCUGCGCCUGGGUUUUGGUUAUUGUCGUUUUGUCUCAUAAUGCGUCUGCAACGAAUUCAGACAGGACUUAUUUCACGAAUCCGCCCUCGUCGCAGGCAGAUGCAGAUGGAAUGCCAGAUUAUGAAUUGGGAAAUGUUCUGGAGAUCUCGUGGACGACGGACCUGGAUAUCUUCAACAUCAGCAUCUGGCAGCGCGAUCGGGGGAGUGGGAAUAAAAGCAAUGGGGGGAAUAUCUUCGCCAAAACAAACCCUUCCGAAACAAUAAACACCUUCUCCUGGGCUGUCCAAACCUACUCACUCGAUCUGAGCGACUCCUCAAUCUUCUUCCUGGCCAUAGAAGCCGAUUCGCACAGCUGGACGUCCGCAAACUUCAACAUCACAUCCUCCUCCACCAAAUCAUCUCCCUCCAGCUCCAGUUCCCCAAUCUCAGACUCAGACUCAGACUCAGAAUCAGACCCAGACUCCCCCACAACAACCGACUCACCAACAUCCCUAACCUCAACGGGCAAAAUCGCCCUAGGCCUCGGCGCCGGCAUUGGCGCACCCCUAAUCUCCCUCCUCGCCAUCCUCGCCUACUUCCAGUACCGCAGUGCACGAAGAGCAUACAUGCAUACCCAAGCUCUCCAGAACCACCCCGGUCAUCAUCAUCACCACCAUUCACACUCCCAGCAACCACCACCACCAGCAUGGCGCCACCCGUCCGCCUCGCCGGGUAUGGACCAACUCACCGUCCCGCCAUCGAUCCUCCCACCGAAGCAGGUCCCCAUGUCCGUCCCGCUGUAUAGGAAUAGGAGUUUGCCGCCGUCGGAGCUUCCGCAGAAAUUGGCCAGGCCGGUUUAUGAGCCGCCGUGGGAGGUUCAUUCGGAUUCUGCUGUGGGACUUGCACCUGGACCUGCGCCUGCACCGGUAGGGCUGGGUGUUGGUGUUGGGAAUUGGAGUGGGGAUGAAUAUACGACGAAUACGACGAGGACAGGCUAUGGCAUGGACUCAAGGCAGGGAACUAGGAAUACGAGCGUGCGGUCCUCAGCGGGACUGGGGAUUCCGGAAUUACCAGGGGAGGGCUCUAAUUUUAUAUAA